AUGGCGCCAGCAAUAGCUCCCAGGAGCAUCAGCUCUUCUGGCCAACACGUGCGAUCCUUCUCACGGUCCGUAUCCUCAACAUUCACCGCCCUGUCAAGCUCCAAAGAUACCACCCUGAUAUCGAAAACACCCGUCGCGUCCCUUUUCGCCCUCAUCCUCCGCGAGGCCGUCCAAUUCACAAAACAGAGCCUCCUCUCCUCACCCUCCCGCCGCAAUCUGGUUCAACCCGUCUUCCUCGCCCCCCGCACACCCUCCAUCGAGAUCUCCUCCCACGAGCUCUCUAAGCGCCAGGUCCAGAUCCUUGCUAUCCCGACCACCUACGCAGGCCUAAACUCCGGUCCCCAACCUGGGGCACUGGUGGGAAUCGUUGUUGGCUCGAUCACCGGCUUCAUCUUGAUCCUCUACAUUAUACUAUCGCUGUUUCGUCUACGUGGCGGCGGGAACGGCCAAGUGGUCGAGGAGAAAAUCAUCCGUCAUUCGCACCGCCGACGUCCUUCACGGAGCGCUUCUCGCACAUCUCGGAGCGCCAGCCGCGUGAUAUCCGCAGCAAGCUCCCCACGGAGGGAACGGAUCGUGAGAGAAGAAGAAACAGUCAUCGUGGAAGAACACGUCGAUCCGCCUAGUACCGUGGGCGAUGAUAUCGUCGAGGUCAUUGAGGAGCAUUCCCCCGAGAGGCGGCCACCUAGGAAACCUAGCGGAAGGAGCGGGUAUCGGACGGUAGAUCCCGCAGAGUUUGGCGGUGGGGGAGCCCCAAUGAGAAAACUGGGACGGCGGCGAUGA